GUUACCAACCAGAUUUUGCCUGUUUGGACAUACUCCUACCUCGCCCUCCUAUUCCCAGUCUUCCUGCUCACAGACUACCUGCGCUACAAGCCCGUCCUCCUCCUCCAGGGCAUCAGCCUCAUCGUCACCUGGCUCCUGCUCCUCUUUGCACAUGGAGUGCUGGCCAUGCAGGUGGUGGAAUUCUUCUACGGGAUGGUGACGGCCACUGAGGUGGCCUAUUACGCCUACAUCUACAGCGUGGUCAGCACCGACCGCUACCAGAGGGUGACGAGCUACUGCAGGAGCAGCACUCUGGUGGCAGCCACUGUUGCCGCCGUGCUGGGACAGCUGCUGGUGUCCUUGGCAGAUGUGUCCUACUUCUACCUCAACGCCAUUACUUUGGCUUCUGUGGCCCUGGCGUUCCUGUGUGUGUUUUUCCUCCCUAUGCCCCAGAAGAGCAUGUUCUUCCACUGGAAAGACGCCUCCGAAUCUCUCCCAGGGCCUGACAAAGUUGUGGCUCCGGCUGGUUCUGACCGUCCCUCGAGCUGCCAAGAGGACACGAGCUCCGACUCUGCUGGCAGGGAUCCAACACCCCAACAGCAGGCUGGGAAUGCCAAGCCCUGCAAUCACAUGCUCAGAGUGCUGGUGCAGCUGAGCAAGGACCUGAGGGAUUGCUACAGCUCCAGGAAACUUCUCUACUGGUCUCUGUGGUGGGCUCUGGCUACAGCUGGCUUUAACCAAGUCCUGAAUUAUAUCCAAGUGCUGUGGGACUCCCGAGCCCCCUCUCACAGCUCCGCAGUGUACAAUGGAGCUGUCGAAGCACUAGCAACUUUUCUGAGCUCAGUAACAUCUUUCCUAGUACAAUAUGUGAAAAUUAACUGGGACCUUUUUGGAGAACUGGCUUUAGGGAUCUUCUCUGCAGUAGAUGCUGGUUCUCUGUUUCUCAUGCACUUCUCUACCAACAUCUGGGUGUGUUAUGCUGGCUAUCUCAUUUUCAAGGCCUGCUAUAUGCUCCUCCUGACAAUAGCAACGUUCCAGAUUGCCAUCAAUCUGAGCAUGGAACGCUAUGCUUUGAUGUUUGGAUUCAACAACUUCAUUGCCCUGGUGAUUCAGACCAUUCUUACAGUAGUUGUUGUGGAUUCGAGAGGCCUGGGGCUGGACGUAGUGACUCAGGUAGGCUAUGGAUUCCUGGAAGGAAGCCAUAAGCCGCAGCUGGAUUUAUCCCACGGUGAUCAUCUGUGCAAAUGGAUUUUUUGCCACAAUGAGGCCAUCAGAGUCUUUUCUCACCCCUUAUCUAACGGGGCCAGACAAAAACCUAACGAUUGAAGAGGUUACCAACCAGAUUUUGCCUGUUUGGACAUACU